GAAAAAUCCCUUUUCUUCCUUCCCAAUUCUCCCAAAAACCCUAAACCCUCGUUCAUCUCGGCGCGCCGCCCAAACCAAGAGCACUGCUCUCCCCCUAAACUCUCUAGGGGUUUCAAUUUUCUAGGGUUUCGGAGGAAAAGGAAUGAACUUCAAGAACGUGAAGGCUCCGAAGGUCCCCGGCGGCGCCGGAGCUGCGGCGGGGAAUCUGAUCAAGGUCGCUUUGAUCGGAGGAGGCGCCGUUUACGCUGCUGUCAACAGUCUUUAUAAUGUCGAUGGUGGUCAUCGAGCCAUUGUUUUCAAUCGACUCGAGGGGAUUAAGGACAAGGUUUAUCCAGAAGGAACCCAUUUGAUAAUCCCUUGGUUUGAGAGGCCUAUUAUCUAUGACGUUCGUGCACGACCCCAUCUUGUGGAGAGUACAUCAGGAAGCCGUGACCUGCAAAUGGUAAAAAUUGGGCUUCGAGUUCUCACUCGCCCUUUGCCUGACCAAUUACCUACGAUUUACCGAACUCUUGGGGAGAACUUCAACGAGCGAGUUCUUCCAUCAAUUAUCCAUGAAACUUUGAAAGCAGUUGUUGCCCAAUACAAUGCUAGUCAGCUGAUCACACAAAGAGAGGCUGUGAGUAGAGAAAUUCGGAAAAUUUUGACUGAGAGGGCUAAUAACUUCAACAUUGCACUCGAUGAUGUCUCCAUUACUACCUUGAGCUUUGGGAAGGAAUUCACUCAUGCAAUUGAAGCUAAACAAGUGGCAGCUCAAGAAGCUGAGAGGGCCAAGUUUAUUGUGGAGAAGGCUGAGCAAGACAAGAGAAGUGCUGUUAUCCGAGCUCAGGGAGAAGCUAAGAGUGCACAGCUGAUAGGUCAAGCAAUUGCGAACAAUCCAGCUUUUCUCGCUUUAAGACAGAUUGAGGCUGCUCGAGAAGUUGCUCACACAAUUUCCAACUCAGCCAAC